GCAUGCGGGCAGCGAGACCUUCCGCCUCCAACUUUCCGCCUUCCAGUACGGAUCAUGGCACAUUCGUGAGCACCACGCCACCCCCGACCGCCGACAACAUGUACCUCGUCGCCGCGAUCUUCGCCCUCUCCGCCUACCCCAUAGUGUGUGGCCUACCGAUUCAAGUGACCAACACGAGCGAUGCUGAGCCUUGCACCGUGAUGGGAAUCACUUACCUUCACUCUCAACAGAUAAGCCGAGAAGACCCUUGCGACUUCUGCCUCUGCCUCGACGGAGAAGUUUUCUGCUGGUGGCAGCAACAGUGUCUCAACACGACUCAGCAGCAACAGCAACAACCGCAAGUCAACAAUACGACAGAGAGCGAGGAGUGGGUGGAGGAAUCCAGCUACAACUCGACAAACACGCCUGCCCCUCAAGAAACGACAUGUAGAGUAAUGGGAAUCGAGUAUAAAAUAGGAGAGAUACUGCCAAGGGAAACAGGGACAUGCCUCCAGUGUCAAUGUGGAGCCGGAGCCCGAGUGACUUGCUCGCCCAAAGACUGCACCAGCCCGGACCAGUUCCAUUCUCUCGAGCAGCAAUCCCUCGACAUGUUCGACGUCGAUGUAUUUUAGCUUGGUCGCGAUCCCAGACCCAAAACCCGCCCUCCCGUCAUCCCUAUAAUUUAACGCUUCAUUACAUAUCAUCCAAUCCUCUUCUGUUCAAGAUCAAAAGUAUCGAGGAUGAAAAGUUUUAUACUUAACUUUUGGAAGAGAGAAAUGAAAAAAAAAAUUAUAAAAAGCACCGGCUUUUUCCGUUUGACCCCAGCCUUUGUUAUCAAAAUAGUGUAGUUUUAAUAUAUAUAUUUGUACAGUAGUUUAAUGGUUGACCAUCGACGAUCUUAUGUGACCAGCGCAAUACCAACAACCACCACCAAGCAAUUUAUUUUUAUCGCGAU